CAUAUACACACAAACGCACACCCACUAUAUAUAUAUAUAUAUAUUGUCUGUUUAUAUACGGACGACUGAACCUCUCUCCUUUCUCUUUCUCUCUGUAUAUUUCACGCCUCAAUUCAUCUUUUCGGCUGGGUGAUAUCUCUUCCUCAGGAUUCAUGUCGGAGAAGGGUCGGCCAUUGCCAAAGUUUGGUGAAUGGGAUGUUAAUGAUCCCGCUUCAGCAGAGGGAUUUACUGUAAUAUUUAACAAGGCCCGGGAUGAGAAGAAGACAGGUGGGAAGCCAGAUUCUCCAACAAAGGUGGAUACAAAUAAAAAUCAUGGGGCAGAACCACUAAAACCUCAGGGUAAAAAAUGGUUCUGCUGCAUGCAGAAUCCAAGUGCAGAAUCUUGACGAGGUUUAUGUGUAAGAUAUAUAGGAGUGCAUAUUUAUAAAGGCCCCAAGAAAAUUCUCUAAAUCAGCGCUGCAUGUAGCGGCAUCCAUUUUAUGUUGUAAAAUCGCGUUUGUGUUGUGGGCUAGGAAUAUGGUAAACUUGAUAAACAUUCUGUACCGUUGUUUUGUGGAACAUGAUGAAGCCAGCUUUAUGUUUGAUGCUUUUGCUAUUUUGUGACCUGUAAAGCAUUUGUAUCCCCUGGUAAUCACCAUUUCGAUCACA